AGCUCGGUACACUUUUGCAUGCAGCCGCAGGGACUGGACACUAUAAAUAGACAGCUCGUGUCAAUCCCAGUUAAUCAAGCAAGCUACUGAGCUAGCUAUAGCUAGUGGUCCGAUCCUCUGGUGAUUAGUUAGAGAAGAUCGCUUGAUUGAUUACCUAACUAGGUUAAUCGAUCAUAUCGGUGAGCUAGCAGGUUUGGCCAUGGCUUCGUUCCGGACCUGGCAUUGCUUGCUCGCCCUCACGCUCCUCUGCUCCACGGCGUGCGGGCAGCUCUCGCCGUCGUUCUACGCUAGGAGCUGCCCGACGCUAGGGCUCAUCGUGCGCGCCACCAUGAUCAAGGCCCUCCUCGCCGAGCGCCGGAUGGGCGCCUCCCUCGUCAGGCUCUUCUUCCACGACUGCUUCGUCCAAGGCUGCGACGGCUCGAUUCUUCUGGACGACGUGGGGAGCUUCGUCGGCGAGAAGGGCGCCGGCCCGAACGUGAACUCCGUCCGUGGCUUCGAGGUCAUCGACCAGAUCAAGGCCAACGUCGAGGCCCUCUGCCCCGGCGUCGUCUCAUGCGCCGACAUCGUCGCCCUCGCCGCACGGGACGGCACCUUCCUGCUCGGUGGGCCCAGCUGGGAGGUGCCACUCGGCCGGCGCGACUCGACAACGGCGAGCCUGAACCUGGCCAACAGCGACCUCCCCUCGCCGGCGUCCGACCUCAACACGCUCAUCUCGGAGUUCGGCAACAAGGGGCUGAGCCCGCGCGACCUGACGGCGCUCUCCGGCGCGCAUACCAUCGGCUUCUCGCAGUGCCAGAACUUCCGCGACCACAUCUACAACGACACCGACAUCGACCCGGCGUUCGCUCGGCUGCGCCAGCGCAACUGCCCCGCCGCGCAGGGGACCGGCGACAGCAACCUGGCGCCGCUCGACGUGCAGACGCAGCUCAUCUUCGACAACGCCUACUACCGCAACCUGCUGGUCCAGCGCGGCCUGCUGCACUCCGACCAGGAGCUCUUCAACGGCGGCUCCCAGGACUCGCUGGUGCGGCAGUACAGCGCCAACCCGGCCCUCUUCGCCUCCGAUUUCGCCGCUGCCAUGAUAAAGAUGGGAAACAUCAGCCCGCUCACCGGGACCGCCGGCCAGAUCAGGGCCAACUGCAGGGUGGUCAACAGCAGCUGAUCAUUGAAUAUGUUUCUUGGAUCAGUAUUAUUAUCAGUACAUCCAGGUGUAUAAGCACACCUAUACAUACAUACUGCUCGGUACUUCGGUUGGCUAACAAAGCUAACCAACCGCACAUGGGAGAAUAAAAAC